AUGAGUUAGAUCAACGAGUCUCUAAUUGAAGCACCCUUAAAAUCCUUACUUGAAGAUGUAAUAUAUCGUAAUAAUAGAAGAUAUUAUUCUACUUGGAAGGUUAUUUGGAAGGCUAGAGUGACUUAAAGAUAAUUGAAAAUCAAUUAAAAGAUUAUGAUACAUUGCCUGGACUAGUUUAAAUUAUUGGUACUGUAUUCAAGACUUUGAUGAGGAAGGUUGAGAAAAAGAUGUCCUUUCUGAAAUUUAAUCUAAAUGAUAAUAGUUUUAAUCAAAGUUAUCAUGCAGGAGAGGAGUAUGAAAAAUUGGAGCAAAUUAUACAAAAAUAUGAAGCAGAGAUAAGAGGACAUAUUAGUGUAACAAAAGUAUGUUUAAUCCUUAUAGAUUGAAUAAUAGCUUAAGCUUUUUAAUGAUAGUUUGCUAUAAGAGAUAGAAGAUCUAGAUAAGUCCCAUAAAGAAACAAUUGAAUAAUUAAAUAAAAAAAUUGAUGUAUAUGGUUUUAAUUUGAAAUUUAGACAUUAAAAAAAGAUCUAGGAAAGUCUACUGAGAGUUAUCGAUAAUUGAUUAAGGAGAAAGAAUAAUUAAGAGAGUCAGUAGAUUAUCAACAUAUACUACAUACAGAUAGUGAAGUAAAUGGAAGAAUUAAAGAUAAAAAGUAAUUUAAAUUAAAUUUAUUAGCUUUGUUAUUCAGAUCACAGAUUUAAAAGAGUUGACUAUAGUAGUGAAUAUCCAGCAUCGAUUGCUAAUCUACAUCUUUAAAAUUCUAUCAGACAAUCUCCACCUUUGAAAUCAUAAUCUCAACAUCAAAAAUGUGGUAAAUUUAAUAACUAAAUUCAACGUCGUAGUAGUAUCCAAGAAUAGGAUUUAUAUGCAAAAUAUAACCAAAAACUCAAAUAACAUUCUUAAUCUAUCACUUAAAGAUCUUAGAUAAUUUAAGCAAGUCAAUAUUUAAUCAAGGGAGGGAUUGCAAAUAAUUCAUAGAACACAAAAAAAAACACAAUAAAUGCAAUUUUUGAUAUUUGUAAUGCCUAAAAAUAAAAAUCUUCCUAAAGAAAUAAAAGUUAGGGUAACAAUUCGAAGUAAGGAGGAAGUAAUUCUUAAAACCCUAUAAAUUCAAAUCAUAAAACAGGACCACAUAAAAUGAUUACAGAUACUUCAAAAACUAAUGAAGCCAUUUAAAGAUUAUUAAAACUUAAGUGA